ACAGAUAUUGCUAUAAAGCUGAUAGAGACCUCUCACUAGUCCACCUACACAAGCCACAGAAGUGAGGAUUUUGGUCAGCAGAGGGCCACAGAUUGCGGUCCAGUGUGAGGUAGCACAAGUUCCUGGCUGAAGAACCACUGAAACCAGUUGGAAAACAACAGCUUUGUCAUGAGUCGGGGUGAGUACUCUGCCCAUCAUCUCAUCAUCUCUGAGGUUUUUUGCCUGCAGGAGAGGGAGCGCAGCUGAUCCGAAUCAGACUGAUCAGUGGGGCGGCUUUAAAAGGAGGAGGAAUAUCCUCAUUCGACGCUGGAUGAUUAUCUACUGCCUGACUUACCAUCGUUGGAUCCGUUCCCGUCUCCAAACCUUAGGAAUAUUCACCGGUUCGCUGCCUGGAUUACGUCUCCACCCAGCCGCCCCGCUCUCCACCGAUUACGCUCUCUCUCCUCUGCCUCAUCUUCAUCCACCUCGUCAGCUCAGCUCAUCCACCCCGAUAUCACAAGUCUUCUCUGGAUAUCACCCCGGCUCAUCUCCCCUCCGCAUUCAUCCCGGACUUCCUCAUCGUAAGUUCCGCCCACAAACAAUUCCUCCGAACUACAAUUCCCAUUACUCACCUCUGGUCUUCCCCCUAGUUACCGCUUCCGGACUCGUCCUCCCGUUGGAUCUUCAGAACACCUUCAGUUCACAUCCACAUUUUAAUAAAUUAUUGUUCUUCCUUUACAUCAUCUCCGUGCUUGAUUCUGUAUGUCUUGGGUUAGACAUCUUCCUCAAAACAUGACAGAAUCAUCCAGCCAAAACGCUAACCCUACAGAAUCGGCACUCAUUAACAUUUCACAGAGAUUGACCCAACAGGAACAGACCCUUCCGCUAUUAAUGGAACAACUUUCAGCAUCUAAUCAACGCUAUACACAGUUGGAAGCCCUGGUCCGCCAGAUACAUGAAUCUCUUUCCCAGCCUCACCAACCACCUCCACCAGUAGGACCUUCCGCUGCCGUCUCCGAAGCCACUGGACCUCCGCGAUCGGAGGAGGCUCCCCCCAUGGAGAACUCCCAUUUCCGUGUCGCUCCUUCACCACCAUCUGUGACCUUUGGGGACAGAUUACUGUUGAGGCACUAUUGGAUUCUGGAUGUGAACAAUCGCUCCUGGACCCCCACCUCGUGGAACGAUGGAAAAUACCCACCACCAAGCUGUCUACACCUCUCUCAGUGUCUUCACUCGAUAACCUCCCCCUUAGUAUUGGGACAUUCCUGGUUGGUCCGUCAUAAUCCCACAAUGGACUGGAAGGAGAACAAGAUUCUUGGGUGGAGCCCGGAGUGUUCUCUACUCUGCCUGCGCUCGGCCUCACCUACCGCUCGUGAUCACCCUCCUCCUCCCUUGGAAAACAUAGACCUGUCUACGGUUCCACCGGUUUACCACGACCUUAAGCAGGUAUUCAGUAAAGACCGUGCUUCUUCUCUGCCUCCCCACAGGCCAUUCGACUGUGCAAUAGACCUCCUGCCUGGAGCUCCCUUACCAUCAAGUCGUCUGUACCACCUGUCAAAACCUGAAAGUGAGAGUAUGGAACAGUACAUACAAGAUUGUCUGGCAGCAGGCACCAUUCGUCCUUCUUCAUCUCCUCUGGGACUCCACCAUUUUCAGCCGUCUGGACCUCCGUAACGCCUGUCACCUGGUGAGGAUAAGAGAAGGAGAUGAGUGGAAGACAGCAUUCAAGACACCCCUUGGUCACUUCGAAUAUCUGGUAAUGCCUUUUGGACUCACUAAUGCCCCCGCUGUCUUCCAGUCCCUGGUGAACUCAGUACUUGGUGACUUUCUAAACCGGUUUGUGACAGUGUAUCUAGAUGAUAUAUUGAUCUUCUCUCAG